AGAGAAAAAAAAAAAAAGCCAAACGUUGAGAGAAGGAAGAGAUGAGACAGGGGCAGCCUCAAUGACAAAGCAGCCUGUCCCUAUUGGUGAUCAGUGUGCAGGGAGCAGAGCCGCCUGGAUGGACUGUGCAAAUGGAAGCGGCCGCUGCAGAGCACUGUUUGUGCACGGCGUCUCUUUAGAGCGAGAGAAUUGAGAGUGCAGGAGGGGGGCGAGCGGACGUAUGGAAAGGGGGGGGAAAGGAUUGGAGUGUGGAGCCAUGUUUAUGGUGCUGUGCUGAUCUUGCAGCCUCCAGAUUAGCAGACGUCGCUGUUUCGCUCAGACCUGGGCCGCCAACGUUUUUACCUUUUCGUUUUCGUCGUUUGCAGUUUUUUCCUUUUUUUUUAAUUGGGUUUUUUGGUUUUUCUUUUUUGCCCUGUGUUUUUGGAUUCCAGUCGGAUGCCCGGCGGAGAAUUUGCAGAGCCAUGCUUUACGGAUCCAUAUGGCACAGGACGGGUUAAGGGGGAGGAGAUAACGACCUGAAGUGGUCUGUGUGAAAGAGCUCAACAUGAGUGGCCUCGGGGACAGUUCCGCAGAUCCUGCUAGCCAGGACCGCAAGAGGAAGGCCUUGCCAUGUGAUACAGCACAGAGCACUGAGAAGCGCCGCCGGGAGCAGGAGAACAAAUACCUGGAGGAGCUCGCCGAGCUGCUGUCGGCCAAUAUUGGGGAUAUAGACAGUCUGAGCGUCAAACCGGACAAAUGCAAGAUCCUCAUCAAGAGAAUGGACCAGAUCCAACAGCUGAAGAAGAAGAAGCAAGAGAAAGCUUUGGGAGCAGACGAUGAUGUACAGAAAUCCGACAUCUCAUCCAGCAGCGGAGGAGUGAUUGAGAAGGAGUCCCUGGGGCCUCUACUGUUAGAGGCCCUCGAUGGAUUCUUCUUUGUCGUCAACCAGGAAGGCAGAAUUGUCUUUGUGUCAGAAAACGUCACAAACUACCUGGGCUACAAGCAAGAGGAGCUGAUGAAGGACAGUAUCUAUAGCAUCCUACAUGUGGGUGACCACGAGGAGUUUGUGAAAAACCUCCUCCCCAAGUCUCUAGUGAAUGGGGUUCCCUGGUCCCAAGAGGCCAGCCGAAGGAACAGCCACACGUUGAACUGCAGGAUGCUGAUUCGGCCUCCGGAUGACGCCGGGGUGGAGAACCAAGAAGCCCGGCAACGGUACGAAGUGAUGCAGUGCUUUACUGUUUCCCAACCCAAAUCCUUCAAAGAAGAAGGAGAAGAUUUCCAGUCCUGUUUGAUCUGCAUUGCGCGGAGAUUACCUCGACCGGCACCCAUCACCUCUUUAGAAUCGUUCAUCACCAAGCAGGAUGCUACAGGAAAAAUCAUCUCCAUUGACACCAGUUCCCUGCGAGCCUCGGGCAGCCUGGGCUGGGAAGAUCUGGUGCGGAAGUGUAUCUAUGCCUUCUUUCAGGCACAGGGCACAGAACCGUCGUAUGCCAAGCAGCUAUUCCAGGAAGUGAUGACACGAGGAACAGCCUGCAGUCCAUCGUACAAAUUCACGCUGAGUGACGGGACGGAGCUCAGUGCUCACACCAAGUGCAAACUGUGCUAUCCGCAGAGCCCCGACGUGCAGCCCUACAUAAUGGGAAUCCAUAUCAUUGAAAGGGAUCAAAGCUCUCUUUGUACUCAAGAAAACACUAACUCAGGAAUGUCACUACCCCGCCUCAGCCCUUCGGUUAACCUCACCAUCACCCCAACUCAAGGGAUGCCCUUUUCUUCAACAACCUCCCCGUCCAGUGGUGGCAUGCUCAGCUCCGGGAUAAACCAGCACCAAGUCGCCGGCCUUCAUAACAGCAACAGCUCCAACACCAGCCAAGCGAACUUUGGGUGUUCUCCUGGAAGUCAGAUUGGAACCAAUGUUGCCUUAAGCCUGGGGCAGGCUGGGCCCCAAAACAGUAACAAUCUCAACCUCAACAAUUCCCCCAUGAGUAGCCCUGGAAUAAGCCCCCCACAGUUCAUGUCUCCAAGGCCACGGGCUAGCCCAGGACUGGUUUCCCGGUCUCGGGCAUCAGGUAAUCCCUUUUCUCCCCCCAUGCCUGCCAUGCACUCCCCAGUAGGUAUUUCAAACAGCAUCUGCAACAACAAUAACAACAGGCCUUUUUCAAAUGUCCCCUUGAAUUCCAUGCCUGUGGUAAAUGACCCCAACACCCCUUUAGGAUUUUCUACUCCCUCCCCCGGCAUGACAAACAAUGUAUCCACCACCAACAAUGGCAGGCUCUUUUCCAAUACCCCAAUGAACACUGUUCAGGGGAUUAAUGAAGGACCCAACCCAACUGUUGGAUAUUCCACUACAUCCCCUGUCCUGCGUCAGUUGAACUCACAGAACUCCCCGGGGCGUCUCAAUAUGCAGCCCAUCAAAAUGGAGCCGAAGGACAACAGUGGCAAUAGUGACAGGACUGUUGAGGGGGAGACUAAACCCUCUUUGGCCACCUCGAGUAACAAACUUGUACAGCUGUUAGCAACAACAGCAGAGCAGCAGUUGCGAGAUGUGGACACUAAUUGCCGAGACCCUCUAACUUGCCAUGUUGUCACUAACACAAGCUGUGGAAGUUCCUCGAGUGGAACAUGUCCUUCAUCUCAUAGCUCUUUGACAGAACGUCACAAGAUAUUGCAUCGGCUUCUUCAGGAAGGGAGCCCUUCAGACAUUAGUAGCUUAUCAAUAGAUCAUGAAAAGAAAAACACUGGCUCCGCCAACAACCAAACUCCAGGAGGUCCGCCAGAGGUCAAAAUGGAGUCCGAGAGCGACAAAAAAAAGGACUCCAAAGAUCACCAGCUCUUGCGCUACCUGUUGGACAAGGAUGAGAAGGAGGUGAAGUCGUCCUCUGCUCUGACUCUGGAAGAUGUAAAAGUAAAAGUGGAAAAGGAACAGGUUGAUCAGUGCAGCUCCACUCCUACCACAUUGAUCAAAGCUGGUCAAGAGGAUAUUAAAUUAGAGACCCAAAACCAGUUUGCAGAUGAUUUUGACCAACUCGAUCAGUUGUUGCCUACACUGGACAAAGCAGCCCAACUACCGGGAAUGGUGCCUGACCGGACAGACAACAGUGUCCCACUAAAGACGGAGAUGUUACCCUCGUCACUGCAAACAGGCACUGUGGCGAGAACCCCCACCCGAUUAAACAAUUUUAAUGGAAUGAACACAAACCAAUCCCCGUUUGGAUUCUGUGACCCUAUGGACCCCGUGCAGUUGGAUUUGAACCCAUUUCCAGCACCAAGUGACACCAGCCCACGUUCUGGACUAACACCGGACCAGGGACGUGGUGUAACGCAUGACGCAACUGCUUUCCAAUCUGAUCCAGGCUUGCCAGAUCCUGACCUUGGAAUCACCGAGCCGCAGUUUGGGCAGCCAGGAAUUGGGGACCAGAUACCCUGGAACGAUGGGUUGGCGCCCAUGAACCGCGUUACCCAGAGUGCACAGGAAGAGAUUGACGACUUUCUGUGCCCCCCCACCACGGCCGAGGGACGCAAUGACGAGAAGGCUCUGCUGGAGCAGCUCGUCUCCUUUCUCAGCGGCAAAGACGAGAACGAGCUGGCGGAACUAGACCGCGCCUUGGGGAUUGACAAACUAGUGCAGGGAGGAGGUCUGGAUGUGGUAAAUGAUCGGUUUCCUCAGCAAUCCAUUGCUCCUGUCAUAAUGGAGCAGAAGCCGGGCCUGUACCCCCAGCAAUAUCCUUCUGCUUCACCCAACCCAGGCCUCCCCUUCUUCAACAUGGUCAGGCAGAAGGCUGCAUUUGGGUCUGUCCCUGUCCAGGUACAACCUCCUCAGGCCCGUGGUACCUACCCCAAUACCAUGGGGAUGCAGCCACGGCAGGCACUGGCGCGCUCAGUAACCACGUCCAACCAGCUACGGCUCCAGCUGCAGCAGCGACUACAGGGCCAGCAGCAGGUUCUGCACCAGAAUCGGCAAGCCAACCUGAACCAGUUUGGAGUAGUCAAUACCGUGGCCAUGGGCAUGAGGCCUGGCAUGCAGCAAGCCAUUUCCACCCAGAUGUGUUUUCCCUCGCAGCAGCCCCCGCUCAAUGCUCAGAUGUUGGCUCAGCGACAGAGGGAACUGUACAGCCAGCAGCAUCGCCAGAGGCAGUUAAUGCAGCAACGAAGCAUCCUCAUGAGGCAACAGGGCUUUGGGAACAAUCUGGCCCCUGCAGGAAGCCUGCCUGUCACUAUGGGGGCCGGCCGACUCCCCCAGGGCCCCCCACAACAAUUCCCUUAUCCUCACAGCUACGGUACGAACCCUGGAAAUCCUCCCCCAUCCACCAGUCCCUUCUCGCCUUUGGCGACGACUCCCGAGGCCACGUUAGCCAACCGCGGCGGAGGAAAUGGCAAUGGCAUUGUGAACAGAGGCAUGAUGGGAAACGUCGGAGGACAGUUUGGCUCUGGGAUCAACCCUCAGAUGCAGCAAAAUGUCUUCCAGUAUUCGGCAACGGGUAUCAGCCAGCAAGGUGAUCCAACCUUCGCUCCAUCACUCAGCCCAACCAGUCCGCUCAUGUCCCCCCGUAUUACUCCCUCUCAGAGCCCCAUGCUUCAGCAAACGCCAUCCACGCCUGGGUACCAGUCACCUGACCUCAAGACGUGGCAGCAGAGUCCCCUGGGCAAUUCUGGGGUUUUUAGCCAAGGGGGACAGACGCAGCCCCCGCCUGGCCAGCAGGGAAUGUACAACAACAUGAGCAUCACAGUUUCUAUGGGAGGGGGCAACACUGGUGUCCAGAAUGUGAAUCAAAUGACCGGACAGAUGCAGAUGAGUUCCCUUCCCAUGUCCAACAUGAACGCUAUGUGCACAGAACAGCAGGUGAGUGAUCCAGCACUGAGGCCAAGUGGGCUGUACUGCAACCAGCUUUCCUCUACAGACCUGCUGAAAACAGAGCCAGAGACGGGCCAGGUGCAGCAGGUACAGGUCUUUGCCGACGUCCAGUGCACGGUGAAUUUGGUGGGCGGUGACCCCUAUAUUAACCAACCGGGAUCCAUCACCUCACAGAAGGCAACGACCGGACCCCAGACGCCUCAGGCUCAGCAAAAGAGCCUCUUACAGCAACUGCUGACGGAAUGAAGCGGGGCCCCCACCGAGCCACGCAAGAGCCACGGAGAGUAACAGAACGAGUUAUAGAAAAAUAUAUAUGCCUCUAUAUAUAUAUAUUCUGUACAUUUGCGGCGAUUUCCUCGGCAACGGCAGCCAUUUACGGGGGGUUCGAAAAGGCGUAGAGAGACGCGUUCCCGUCCGUAGGACAAAGGACGGAUUUCUCGCCGCAGUUCUGUUUCCAUUUCCCCUUUAAACCCCCCCCCCACUUUGGAGAACGCUCGGGCGGCGUCGGACGUUUGCAAAAAGAAAGAGAGAGUUUUUGCAGGGCUGGGACAAUCGGACCCCCGGGGUCCCCCCAUUUCGAGCCAAAUGAUAGAUGAAAACUUAUUUUUGUACGCAGUCGCUGUGAUGACACUGAAUGGUUCCGGGCAAACGCGCGGAGAGAAUGUCGCAAAGAGAACUCAGUUUCAGCUGGUUCUGUCACUGAUGUGGAACCCCCCCACCGGAGAGGCGGAGAAGAGGAGGGUUCUGGGUAAUUUACGGGUGGCGGGGACGGGGGAAAUAAGAGAAAAGUAUAUAUAUAUAUUAUACUGAGGUAAAGCGCAUCUUUGUUGCAGCUGAAGUGCAUUUGUAGAGCUAUCUCUGGCUUGUAUGUACAAUCAUGUUUUUCUACGUGGGAGGCUUGCUUUGCGCACCUUUUUUAGGGCCUGUUUUUAACCCCUUGGCCGCUGGCGCGGCGAUCGGGCAGCCCGCAAUGUUCAUGAAUUUCUUGGCAAGAAAAAAAAACAAAAAAAAAAGAGAAAAAUCUUUGAGAUCAUCGUCACAGGUUCAUUGAAUCUUUCCGCUUUCCAUCUGUAAUCCAUAGAGAUGAGGUUCUUGGCAGCCUGACGGGCUACAGGGCUCUCCCCUCCAUUGUCGGGGGCUACGUUCUUGUUCUGGUAAGCACUUGUAUUCCAGCAAUCAGCAGAUUACCAAGGUUACAAAAACAACAAAAGGAACGUCUAACGAUGAUGUUUUUAUCUCUUUUCAACAACAUGGGAAGCCAUAGGGCGCCUUCAGUCCUCCUCCGACGUCAGCCAUGUUUGAGCGUCAGCCAUGUUUGUUUCAGGUCUUGAGAAGGUUGUCGAGAUGAAGCCAGACCAACUCAUGUCUCGGUGGCUGGCGCAGACUAUAUAUAAGCUCUAAUUAAUAGUACCUAGCACCUUUUGUUUAAUAAAAGGGUGUAACGAUGUCAUGAAAACAAAGAAACAGGCAAAAAAAAAUGGAUUGUAGAAAAAAAAAAAA